GCAUUGUGCAACUGUUUCAGUCGAGAAGACUGUCGAUUUUUGCGAGGCGGCUUCUGUUCGGUUCGCCGAUAACCAGAUCUGAAUUCUGAUCCAGAUGCGUUGAUUUUAUUGAUUGUUUCGGAACCACACAAUCCUAUCCUAUCCUAACGGGAGUCUGCGAGGCCUCGCUUUCCCCUCCUAUCUGACCUGUCUAUAAUUUGCCAGACAUGGUAUCGACUUCAAAUCCCUCCGAACCGCCAGCUGGGCGCACGUGGCGAACAUAUUUCCCGCAGGGGGAUCUGUGGGUGUUUGGAUACGGGAGUCUUAUUUGGAAACCGCCGCCUCACUAUGACCAACGGAUCCCCGGGUACAUCGAUGGAUAUGUCCGGAGAUUCUGGCAGGCCAGUACAGACCAUCGAGGAACCCCCGAGGUGCCUGGACGUGUCGUGACGGUGAUUGAGAGGGAGUUUUGGGAAACACUCGACGACCCGCAAGCUCACCUCGAGUCUGCAAGCGGGAAGGUCUGGGGCGCAGCAUACCACAUUCCUGCCUCCCACGCGGAAGAAGUGCACGACUAUCUCGACAUCCGCGAGAUAGACGGGUAUACAGUGCACUAUACGCCAUUUCAUCCCAUCUCAGCCGUUCCUGCUUCUGCAGCAACAACAACAACAACAACGCAGGCCGGGGGUUCAUCCUCGUCCCCGAUAACCUGCAUGGUUUACAUCGGGCGGCCCUCCAACCCGCAAUUUCUACGAGACCCGGCACGUCGGGAACCGCAGGACGUCGCACAGGUCAUCAGCAGGGGCCACGGCCAGAGCGGGAAGAAUACCGAGUACCUGUAUCUACUGGAGAAGGCCCUCGAGGGGAUCGGCCUCGGCAGUGCCGAUGUGCACGUCACAGAGCUGGUGAGAAGGGUCGAAGCGAUCGAAAGGGAGCGCGCAGUAGUCGAGGAGGCAGAAGCGGAGCAAGAAGUGAAGAAAUACCUUGCCGAGGCUUCCAGAGAUGCACACGCUGGGUUUUUCAGGGACGACUAGACCUGUUCAUGACAUCUGCAUAGCUAUAUACUCUAUAUAGUAUAUCCAUCUAGAAUUAAAGCGAUCUAGUCUGUUCUUCACAGGCUAAAGGCAUAAAUAUUAUGCAUAAGACUUUUCAUUGAAAAUGAA